AUGGCCUCCACUACGAUCAAGCCCAUCCGCGUAUGGCUAACUCCACCGGGACCCAACCCCUGGAAGGUCGUACAUAUCCUCGAGGAGCUAAAUGUACCUUACGAGAUCAAGUCAUUUUCAUUUGAGAAUGUCAAGAAAAAGCCCUUUAUUGACAUUAACCCCAAUGGCCGAGUACCCGCAAUCGAAGACCCCAAUACCGACAUCACGCUCUGGGAGUCCGGGGCCAUCAUCCAGUACAUCAUCGAGCAGUACGACGUGAACAAGGCGCUCACGUACGACACGCUGAGGGAGCGGCAUCAGCUCAACCAGUGGCUGCAGUUCCAGAUGAGCGGGCAGGGUCCGUAUUACGGCGCAGCCGCCUGGUUCAACAUCCUGCACCAAGAAAAGCUCCCCUCGGCCAUAGAACGAUACAACGCGCAGCUCAAGCGCGUCCUCGGCGUCCUCGACGGCUGGCUCGCGGACCGCGACUGGCUGGUCGGCGACAAGAUGACGUACGCGGACCUGAGCUUCGUGGCGUGGAACGACCGGAUCGACAGCAUCAUGCAGUGCGGCGCGGACGAGAAGUUCGCGGGGUUCCCGCGCGCGCAGGCGUGGCACGAGCGGAUGACGGCGCUGCCGUCGUGGAAGCGGGCGAUGGAGAAGAAGGACGCGCUGAUGAAGGAGCAGGGGCUCGAGAUUGGCACGGGCAGGCCGAGCGGGUAUAAGAGUCACCAGGAGUAUGAGGCGGCGAUUGCGGCGGGGACGGUUAAGUCUGCAACUUGA